AGUGGUUUGACAGACCAUGCCUGUUGCCUCCCAAACCAGGAUUACACGAUACAGCCAGAGCAAAAACAAAACAUACUGAAGCAGGUGUCAAUGAAAUAUUGAAAGCACUAAAAAGACAUGUACCUGAACUAAAUCAAACUCAACUGGAACUCACCAGCAGUGGCGCACACAGCCUGGUCACCCUAAUUAACCCAAAGGAGAAUUACUGUGUGGGAGAGAUCGUCAGUAUCCGAGUAGAAAUGAACGACUACCAUGGCAAACCCAAGGCAUACGGAGGAGACUUCAUACUGGCUCGGAUCCAUUCUCCAGAGCUGAAAGCCGGAGCGGCCGGCGUAUCUGAGGAUUUCAACAACGGGACCUACCGCGUCAAUUUCACCUUGUUUUGGCCGGGCAGCGUGAAGGUUUCUGUACGGCUGAUACAUUCAAGCGAGGUGGUCUCGGCGUUCUGGAGAACCAAAGAGUCCGGCAGCGAUAAAAUCAUGUUCACGGGCAUCUUUCUUAACAAAACGAAACAGGAGAAAUCCAGAUGUGAUGUUCAUCUGAUCAUGAAUGAAACGGUCUGUGAUUUGAAGAAGGACUCGUUUUACUGUGUCAAACCAAAAACGUUGCCGUUGCAAUCCACACGGGACGACGAAGGAAUAAAAAAGGGCUAUCUGCAGAAGGAAGAGACGCAGUUUGCGUUGUGCAAAUGUUUUCUGUUUUUAGAUCGUGUUCCACAAGCUGCUGGGAAAUGUCAGCUGGGAAUGAGCUCUCCUUCCCCCAGUGGAUUUUUCCAUUCAGACAGAUGGAAUUCUUCUUACUGUAGAAUGAGCCACUUCCAAAAUGUGAACGACAUAAACCAGUGCCUUCAGGGAAAACAGGUUUACAUGUGGGGAGACUCUACAGUGCGCCAGUGGUUUGAAUAUUUAAAAGAUCAUCACCUGGCAUACACAAGUACAACAGAAUCUGCUGCACGCAGGCUUGCUAUUGACAAGACGAGACACAUAACCAUUUACUGGAAGAUGCACGGAUUCCCUUGCAUUGCAAGUAGACCAUGUGCAGUUGAUAAUGGGCUGGAUGUUGCUCAAGAACUGGACAGAUUUGCUGGUGGGGAGAACACUGUUGUAGUUAUCUCUGUUGGUCAGCACCUUCGUCCUUUCCCCUUGAAGUUCUAUGUUACAAGAAUGAUGGACAUCAAACAGGCUGUCACAAGACUUCUUCAGAGAAGCCCUUUAACCAGAGUGUUUGUUAAAUUGGAGAACACCAGAGAACUUGAUUUUCAGUUGGUGCGGUUCAGUGACUGGUAUGGUCACCUCCAAAGCCUGGCUCUGAAGGAGGUAUUUCGGGGGGUGAAGGUGGGGUUUAUUGACGCUUGGGACAUGACUGUAGCUGCAAACUCAUUUGCAGUUCACCCGAAUAGGAAUAUUGUUCAUUAUGAAAUUGCUUUGUUUUUGUCCUACCUGUGUGGUCCAAAUUCUUAGUGGGUAACAUUUGUGCAAUCUGUGUUCUCUGGAUGCAUAGAUCUAACUGUUCUGAUCAUCAUGUCUAAAUUGGAGCGUAGCCACAGUGAAGACUUACAGCUUGAGAAAUAUUGUAUGUGGUAUUUUCUACUAAAUUAAGGAAGGCUGCAG